AGCCCACGUGUAGCGUCUUCGUUUGUUGGUUUUCAAUAUGGCGGCCAAUUCAGUUCGUCCAGGAUGGCCAAGAAACCGUUCUUCAAGCAACGCUGGCAAGUAUUUACCUUCCUCUGGAGGCGCAACUGUGGAAAAAACGAUACGACUGUAUCCAUUGAGUAAUUAUACGUUUGGUACGAAAGAAGCUCUGUACGAGAAAGACAGUUCCGUUCAAGCAAGAUUUCAAAGAAUGAGGGAAGAAUAUGAGAAGUAUGGAAUGAGGAAAACUGUAGAAGGUGUUCUCAUUGUGCAUGAACAUGGCUUGCCACACAUUUUGUUACUUCAGCUGGGAACAACAUUUUUCAAAUUACCUGGAGGAGAAUUAAUGCCAGGAGAGGAUGAAAUAGAUGGACUGCGUAGGUCAAUGACAGAGAUUCUUAGUAAGCCUGAACAAGGACCUGAGCCUGACUGGUUUGUAGAGGAUUGUCUUUGUAAUUGGUGGAGACCAAACUUUGAAGCCCCUCAGUUUCCAUACGUUCCAGCACACAUUACCAGACCAAAAGAACAAAGAAAGCUAUUUCUUAUUCAGUUAGGAGAAAAAGCAAAUUUUGCAGUUCCAAGGAAUUACAAACUAGUUGCAGCACCUUUAUUUGAGUUAUUUGACAAUUCACCUGGGUAUGGACCUGUUAUUGCAAGUUUACCACAGCUUUUGAGCAGAUACAACUUUGUAUACUUUUAGAACGUUUUCAUUUUCAUCAAGAGCUUGUACCAUCAUUUGCUGCGGCUACAGUAGCUGAAAGUAACUGUUUGGGCAGGUACGCAGGAUAGAACUAACAACAUAGAAAUCCUGCCAGUACCAUGUUUUGCUUUACUUACGAAGCUUCUGACAGUACCAUGUUUUGCUUUACUUACGAAGCUUCUCUACUUCCUCACCUUCUUUUCUUUUCUACCAUCCUUCUCCAAGUAUCUUUACAAGCCACUUUCUUUAUUUUGCUUGAAUUAUCUUACAAAAGUAUUUAUUCGUUUCCCUUAAACUACAUGUAAUGAAUAAAGUCUUUUUAUAUUGUA